UAUUUUACCAGACUUAUGUACCCAUAUUAUAUUUGCAUUCGGUUGGUUGAAAAAAGGUAAAUUGAGUUCGUUCGAAAGCAACGAUGAAACAAAAGACGGUAAAAUUGGUUUAUACGAACGUAUGGAAGCAUUAAAAAAAGCGAAUCCAAAAUUGAAAACAUUAUUGGCUAUUGGUGGAUGGUCAUUUGGAACACAAAAGUUUAAAGAAAUGUCAGCAACACGUUAUUCUAGGCAAACAUUCAUUUACAGUGCAAUUCCAUUCAUCCGAGAUCGUGGUUUCGAUGGUUUAGAUAUUGAUUGGGAGUAUCCAAAAGGAUCUGAUGACAAAAAGAACUAUGUUUUAUUAUUGAAAGAAUUACGCGAAGCAUUUGAAGCUGAAGCCCAAGAAGUGAAAAAACCACGAUUAUUAUUAACAGCCGCUGUACCAGUUGGACCUGAUAAUAUUAAAAGUGGUUAUGAUGUACCAGCCGUAGCAUCCUAUUUAGAUUUUAUUAAUUUGAUGGCAUACGAUUUUCAUGGUAAAUGGGAACGUGAAACUGGACAUAAUGCACCAUUAUAUGCACCAAGUAGCGAUUCAGAAUGGCGUAAACAAUUAUCUGUUGAUAAUGCAGCCUCAAUGUGGGUACGUUUAGGUGCACCAAAAGAGAAAUUAGUUAUUGGUAUGGCAACAUAUGGUCGAUCAUUCACAUUAUCAAAUACAGACCGUUUUAGAGUCAAUUCGCCAGCAAGUGGUGGUGGAAAAGCUGGUGAAUAUACUAAAGAAGCUGGAUUUUUGGCGUAUUAUGAAAUUUGUGAAAUGUUACGAAAUGGUGCAUCAUACAUUUGGGAUGACGAAAUGAAAGUACCAUAUUUAGUUCAUGGUGAUCAAUGGGUUGGUUUUGAUGAUGAACGAUCAAUUCGUAAUAAAAUGCAAUGGAUCAAAACAAAUAACUUUGGUGGUGCUAUGGUAUGGACUGUUGAUAUGGAUGACUUCACUGGCCAAGUAUGUGGUGGCAAUGUAAAAUAUCCAUUGAUUGGUGCUAUGAGAGAAGAGCUACGCGGAAUUUCACGAGGUAAAAAUGCCAAAGAUGUUGAUUGGCAAGAAGUAGCUGGUGCAAUUGAAAUAGAAGUGACUGAAAAACCUCAACCAAUCAAAAUCAGUGUUUCUGAAGUAUUAAACCGGGUACGAAAACCAACAAAACACAUUGUCUUGAAACAAUCAACCCAAGAAGUAGAAAAGAAUGUUCGUAAACCACAAAUAUUAUGUUAUAUGACAAGCUGGUCCCAAAAACGUCCAGGAGCUGGUAAAUUCACGCCAGAGGAUAUUGAAUCAUCACUAUGUACACACAUUAUUUAUGCAUUUGCCACAUUAAAAGAUCAUAAAUUAUCUGAAGCAACUGACAAAGAUCCAGAAAUGUACGAUCGUGUUGUGGCUUUGAGAGAAAAAAAUCCAGAUUUAAAGAUACUGUUGGCAAUCGGUGGAUGGGCAUUUGGAUCAACUCCAUUCAAAGAAUUAACAAGCAAUACUUUCCGUAUGAAUCAAUUUGUGUAUGAAGCAAUUGAAUUUUUAAGAGAUUACAAAUUUAAUGGAUUAGAUGUCGAUUGGGAAUAUCCACGAGGCGCUGAUGAUCGUACCUCAUAUGUAAAUUUACUCAAAGAAUUACGUUUAGCAUUUGAAGGUGAGGCCAAGAGCUCUGGACAACCACGACUACUUUUAACAGCCGCUGUACCAGCAUCCUUCGAAGCUAUUGCUGCCGGCUAUGAUGUACCAGAAAUAUCGAAAUAUUUAGAUUUUAUUAAUGUAAUGACUUACGAUUUCCAUGGACAAUGGGAACGACAAGUUGGACACAACAGUCCAUUAUUCCCUCUAGAAAGUGCUACUAGCUAUCAGAAAAAAUUAACCGUCGAUUUUUCCGCUCGUGAAUGGGUAAAACAAGGUGCUCCAAAAGAGAAAUUAAUGAUUGGUAUGCCAACAUAUGGACGGUCAUUCACAUUGGUUAAUACUACACAAUUCGAUAUUGGCGCACCAGCAUCAGGUGGUGGUGUUGCCGGAAAAUAUACAGCAGAAGCUGGUUUUAUGAGUUAUUAUGAAAUAUGUGAUUUCUUGCAUGGUGAUAAUACAACAUUAGUUUGGGAUAAUGAACAACAAGUACCAUUCGCAUACAGAAAAGAUCAAUGGAUGGCAUGGUUGAAAGAAGAAGGUUUUGGUGGUAUCAUGAUUUGGUCUGUUGAUAUGGAUGAUUUCCGUGGACAAUGUGGAUCUGGAAAAUUCCCAUUAAUGAAUGCUAUGAAACAAGAAUUAAAUGAUUAUAAAGUUCGUUUAGAAUAUGAUGGACCAUUUGAAAGUUCAAGUCCAAAUGGACAAUAUACAACGAAAAAUCCAAAUGAAGUUGUAUGUGAAGAGGAAGAUGGUCACAUCAGUUAUCAUCCCGAUAAAGCAGAUUGUACAAUGUAUUAUAUGUGUGAAGGUGAACGUAAACAUCACAUGCCAUGUCCACAGAAUCUUGUAUUUAAUCCAAAUGAAAAUGUAUGUGAUUGGCCAGAAAAUGUAGAAGGUUGUAUGCAUCACACACAAGCACCACCAACACGAUAAAAAUAUUUUUAAUUUAAUAAAAUAGUUUUAUUGUU